AUGAUUACCAGGUUUACCAACUCAAUUAAACCUUACUUGAAGUCAUCAUCAUCGACUUUGACAUCUACAGCUGGUAGAAUCAGUCCAUCAUUAACCAUGUACCACAACAAUAACUCCAUCUUGUCACAUAAUCUACUCAAACAACUUACUUCCUACAGUUUGCUUCCCUGUACCCAGGAUAAAAUUUAUCAACAAACUGCACAAGCCAAUAACAUCAACAAAACUAAAGGAGUUAAAACAUCCAAGAGUAAGUCAAGCGAAGGAAAUCAAAAGUUUUACCUUGAUGUGAAGGAAAAUGCUGGAUUGACUAGAGAGGAUCACAAGUUCAUUAUUGAUCAAUGUCUAGAUAUUCAUCCUGACAAUACUAGGGUCAUUAUCCAAUCAGUAUCCAAUGUUGAUUUCAAGAAGUUAUCGAAACAAGAGAAGUUUAAUCUCAUUGAACAAUUGCAAGACUAUGACAAGCUAUUGGGUAUUUCCAACAAUGAAUCAACCCGUUUGAUGCCAUUGAUCAUUGAUUACAAGCACAAGUUGUUGGCAAAUGAUGAUGUCUCAUUUAAUCGUAUCAUGGCCAAUUAUUUAAGUUGCGGUAUUCAGAGUGUUGCUAGAAGCGGUAAUAAUUUAGCGCUGAAUAUCGGUGAUGCAGAUCGCAAAAUUACUUACAUAAAUACAAACCCACCUGGGGUUGUUGCUUAA